AUGAUUACAAGUGAGGUACCCUCUACUCAAGCUCCUCGUUGGUCUCCAACAGAAUACACGAUCAACAUUCGAUCGUUCUUUCUUCAGAAAAGAGAUCGUAUUGUUUUUCUCUCGCUUGUAAUUAUUGCUCUCACGUUGUUGAUACCUUUGUGUAAUGAUUUUAAUAUGUAUUACUACCAUAAUGAGAAUUUACAUCAACCUCAAGAAUUAUCACAUAGUGCGCAUGGAAUCGAUGAUGCCUCAUUACUCUUUGAAGAAUCGAUGAAUGAGCAGCCCGUCGUAGGAAAGCAACAAUCAUCUUGUUUCGAGAGCAAGCCUGUAGAAGAGACAAUUCGAAAACCAGCACAACAACAACAGGACGCAAAAAGCUUUCCUUCCACAGCUACCUCUGUUUUGGGUUCAUUCACAUCAAUUAACAAUACCAACAAACGAGUGAAAAGUUUUCAGAGUAGUGCUAGUCCCUCUUCGCCUUCGUACAACACUACCUUAAUGUUUUCCUUGGAACCCAUCAUUCAACACCUUUUGAUCAAGUACACUUUCAAAUUAAUCCUGUACACAGCCCUACUUGGAGCCUAUUGGAAAUUUCAUAAUGUUAUGAAUUUCAUCUUUAGAAAUGUGACCACUUUGAGAACUACCUCUCAGUUGCCUAAUCCAUCCAUGUUCAUUUCGUUCCUUCUGAAACUCUCACUCUCCCCUCGUACUAUUCUUCUUCUUUCAGAAACGACAAGGUGUGCUGGCUCCACUCUUUGGGUCAUGUGUGUCCAUUUGGUUCUUGGAAAACAUUCACCUGCGUAUCUAUGGAUUUUGGUCUAUGCCUGUUUGGGAAGUGUUGCUAUGGAAAUUUCUCAUUCUGAGGCGUCCUCAAUAUCAACCCAUUCGACCACCUAUAUAACCAUGUCCUUCAUGGUGAGUGGAGAUUUAUUUAUCAUGAUCUAUUUCUUGGACCAUCCGUUGGGGGAAUGCUUGAGUGUGGCUGUUUCUGUGCUCAUUAUUCAAGUCAUGACCAUUGAAUUGAUAGAUUUUAUGAGGAAUAAUUCGAUUGCUUUUGUACAGAAACGAGAAGUAGAAAAUCUCAAACGUAUGAUUCAUCUCUACAAGAAUUUGUAUAUGAGUGCUCCUGAUACUUUUAUUUCGUGUGUGUAUUGUCCUCCAACCGAUCAGGAGGUGGGUCUCUACAGAUAUGAGAACAGUGCUCGUUCCACUUCUGGAAAUGAAUUGUUGAGCAAUGAUCCUAAUAGUGGUUUGGGUACAACACAAAAGAAAAAGCUUCUCCCAAUUAGAAGAGUAUCAUCCUCCUCAGAUCCAUGUAGCAGUGGAAAAGGAGCAAACGGCUGUUGUGAGGAAGCCUUGGAAGAUCCGCUUAAUACCAAAAAAAAAUACGAUGAAAAUACACCCACCGAGUCUUUUAUUCAAGAUGAUGAGACCCAAUCACGUUCAAAUUCAUCCUCCCUCUAUGAUGAUCCGUAUCAAUGUUUGAUUCAUUUCAAAGUCAUACAAUACAACCAUGCUGCUUGCGACAUGUUGGGUUAUCAAUCCGAUCCAGUCAGUAAUAACACUAUUACUAGUACAACAAUAUCGAACACUGACAGCAGCGGUGGAGCACAGAAUCCAUCAUCUAUGGACGCAGAAUCCCUGACUCUUGCAGAUUUGAUAUUGAAUCCCAAUGAACGUUCCAGCGAGGAGUUGAAAUCAGCAGUUCUCGGAGGAAAUGAUGCAACCAUCCAUGAAUUACAACUCAAAUCCAUCACUCGAUUGAGAAAUAUACUAUUUGAUAUCUUGGAUGGAAGUGUUCACUCUGCAUCACCCUACUUUCAUGAUCGAAUCAUUCCGCUCUUUAUUUUAGGAAAGAAUGGAAGUAUCAUGACUUGUUCCAUGAGUGUGUCGAGAAUUGUCUUGUAUGAUUCUCCCAAUGCUGUUUCAACUUCUCCUCACAAGCCUACUGCUUCCAUCUAUCCCGUCUAUUACAACAUGAUACUUCAUGACUUGACUCAAAAAUACAAAUUAUUGGACGAGUUGAAUAUUGAAAAGGAAAAGGCAGUUCAAGCCAAUAAUGCUAAAAGUCAGUUCUUGGCUCAAAUGUCUCACGAAUUGAGAACACCAUUACAUGGUAUCAUUGGUUUGGCCGAUGUCUUGUUACAAUCUCCAACCUCUGCUCCACCAUUGGCCUCCUCUUUCAUCAACAAUUCCACUUUCAUCAAUCAUUCUUUAUCUGCUACACCACCCUCAAAUGCUUUUUAUGAUACUACUAGUUCGACGGCAACUGAAUCUAAUAGAGUCUUUAAAAAACAAUACUCUGUCUCACCCAUUGAAACCAAUCAAGCACAACAACAACAGUACACUCAAUUUAUUAAUACCCUUCAAACUAUCAAGUACAGUGGAUAUAUUCUUCUAGCUUUGAUCAAUGAUUUAUUGGAUAUCUGUAAAAUUGAAUCCUCCAAAAUUCAGUUAGAAUGUAAGACAUUUAAUUUGAGAAGGGCAUUGAAGCAUAUUCAUUGUGGCAUCUUCCAACACCAAGCUCAACAAAUGAAUUUAAAUUUCAACAUUGAUAUUAAUCCCAAUGUUCCAACCAAUGUGAUUGGUGAUGAGAAUCGAUUGGUACAAAUUUUAAUUAAUUUGGUGUGUAAUGCCAUCAAGUUUGCAGAUCAGGGAAGUGUGUCAUUGAGUGUUGAGAGAGAGGAAGAAGAAGGUAUGGCUCAGGAAGGAUCCAAUUCCAAUACUGCUCCUGAGAAUAAUGUCAUGAGUAAUUCUGCAACACCUCCGUCAGAAAAUACCAUAUCAAAAAGUGAAUAUUCAAUAAGUAUAUGUAAUGCAACACCUAACAUUCAAGAAUCUUCUCAAAAGGAGCCUCCAUCUUCUCCUGCACUUGGCACUCCACACUAUUACAAGAUCAAAUUUAAAGUGAGUUACACUGGAAUUGAUAUUUCACACAAUGACAUGUGUAAAUUGGUAAGACCAUUUUCACAACUGCAUGGAAGUAUUUCCCGCCCAGGUUCUACCAACGACACUCUCAAGAUGAAAAAGGUCAAUGAAGGAACACGUUUAGGUCUCUAUAUCUGCAAACAAUUGGUCGAGUUGAUGGGAGGAGAAUUGAACGUGAAAAGCGAAAAAGAAAAAGGAUCAUGCUUUUAUUUCACUGUCAAAUUAGGAAUGGAUGAGAGUUCUAAUAUGUCUAAAGACAGUAGUUUGCAACAACAUUCAUCCGUGCAAUUACCUUCCACUUCACAACACAUGACUGAAGCUCCUUCAUUGACCAAACCCGCCAACGAAAAUUUGAAUAUUCCUGGACAACUUUCAAAAGAUGUCCUAUCUAAACUUAAUAUUUUAAUUGUUGAGGAUAACUCUAUUAACAGAGUCGUACUGAUCAACAUGUUGAAGAAGAUGGGAUGUCAGAACAUUGACAGUGCUAAGGAUGGUGUUGAAGGAUGUGAGUUGUAUACAUCAUCAACCUCACAACAAGAUCAUAAUGGUUCAUCCAAAUAUGAUAUUGCUUUUAUUGACCUCUACAUGCCUCGAAUGAAUGGCUAUGGAGUGGUUCAGCAUAUUUUAGAAUCUGAAUCAAAAGAAACAGCCGUUAAAACAACCUCUCAAUCACCACAGGUACAAGUAGAACAUCAACCUCGCCGACAUCAUACUAUUUUAGUGGCUCUGACAGCAAACGGAUUUGAAGAAACUAGAAUUCACUGUCUUUCAAAUGGUUUUGACAUUUUUAUGAGCAAACCUUUCUCCAUGAGUGAUUUUUCACAAUGCUUGGCUCAGUGUACAAAGCUCAUGGAGAAAUAUAAUGGUUAG